AUAAAUCUAAACUAAAUAUCAUAUUUAGUGUCAAUUUAUACAGUAAUUUUGAGUGUUUAUAGUCAUUCGUAGUACAUUAAAAUGAAAUUCGUCUUCGUGUUAUUACUUGUAAUGUUAUGCUAUGCGGGUCUAACAGAAUGUGAAGAAGGUAGCGAAAGUGAAGAUGGGGAAGGAGAAAGCGAGGGAGAAGGAGGAGAAAGCGAGGGAGAAGGAGGAGAAAGCGAGGGAGAAGGUGGAGAAAGCGAGGGAGAAGGAGAAAGCGAGGGAGAAGGUGGAGAAAGCGAGGGCGAAGAUGGAGAAAGCGAAGGAGAAGGAGGAGAAAGCGAGGGAGAAGGAGGAGGCGAGGAGGAAGGAGGAGAAAGCGAAGGUGAAGGAGGAGGCGAGGAGGAAGGAGGAGAAAGCGAAGGUGAAGGAGGAGGCGAGGAGGAAGGAGGAGAAAGCGAAGGUGAAGGAGGAGGCGAGGAGGAAGGAGGAGAAAGCGAAGGUGAAGGAGGAGGCGAGGAGGAAGGAGGAGAAAGCGAAGGUGAAGGAGGAGGCGAGGAGGAAGGAGGAGAAAGCGAAGGUGAAGGAGGAGGCGAGGAGGAAGGAGGAGAAAGCGAAGGUGAAGGAGGAGGCGAGGAGGAAGGAGGAGAAAGCGAAGGUGAAGGAGGAGGCGAGGAGGAAGGAGGAGAAAGCGAAGGUGAAGGAGGAGGCGAGGAGGAAGGAGGAGAAAGCGAAGGUGAAGGAGGAGGCGAGGAGGAAGGAGGAGAAAGCGAAGGUGAAGGAGGAGGCGAGGAGGAAGGAGGAGAAAGCGAAGGUGAAGGAGGAGGCGAGGAGGAAGGAGGAGAAAGCGAAGGUGAAGGAGGAGGCGAGGAGGAAGGAGGAGAAAGCGAAGGUGAAGGAGGAGGCGAGGAGGAAGGAGGAGAAAGCGAAGGUGAAGGAGGAGGCGAGGAGGAAGGAGGAGAAAGCGAAGGUGAAGGAGGAGGCGAGGAGGAAGGAGGAGAAAGCGAAGGUGAAGGAGGAGGCGAGGAGGAAGGAGGAGAAAGCGAAGGUGAAGGAGGAGGCGAGGAGGAAGGAGGAGAAAGCGAAGGUGAAGGAGGAGGCGAGGAGGAAGGAGGAGAAAGCGAAGGUGAAGGAGGAGGCGAGGAGGAAGGAGGAGAAAGCGAAGGUGAAGGAGGAGGCGAGGAGGAAGGAGGAGAAAGCGAAGGUGAAGGAGGAGGCGAGGAGGAAGGAGGAGAAAGCGAAGGUGAAGGAGGAGGCGAGGAGGAAGGAGGAGAAAGCGAAGGUGAAGGAGGAGGCGAGGAGGAAGGAGGAGAAAGCGAAGGUGAAGGAGGAGGCGAGGAGGAAGGAGGAGAAAGCGAAGGUGAAGGAGGAGGCGAGGAGGAAGGAGGAGAAAGCGAAGGUGAAGGAGGAGGCGAGGAGGAAGGAGGAGAAAGCGAAGGUGAAGGAGGAGGCGAGGAGGAAGGAGGAGAAAGCGAAGGUGAAGGAGGAGGCGAGGAGGAAGGAGGAGAAAGCGAAGGUGAAGGAGGAGGCGAGGAGGAAGGAGGAGAAAGCGAAGGUGAAGGAGGAGGCGAGGAGGAAGGAGGAGAAAGCGAAGGUGAAGGAGGAGGCGAGGAGGAAGGAGGAGAAAGCGAAGGUGAAGGAGGAGGCGAGGAGGAAGGAGGAGAAAGCGAAGGUGAAGGAGGAGGCGAGGAGGAAGGAGGAGAAAGCGAAGGUGAAGGAGGAGGCGAGGAGGAAGGAGGAGAAAGCGAAGGUGAAGGAGGAGGCGAGGAGGAAGGAGGAGAAAGCGAAGGUGAAGGAGGAGGCGAGGAGGAAGGAGGAGAAAGCGAAGGUGAAGGAGGAGGCGAGGAGGAAGGAGGAGAAAGCGAAGGUGAAGGAGGAGGCGAGGAGGAAGGAGGAGAAAGCGAAGGUGAAGGAGGAGGCGAGGAGGAAGGAGGAGAAAGCGAAGGUGAAGGAGGAGGCGAGGAGGAAGGAGGAGAAAGCGAAGGUGAAGGAGGAGGCGAGGAGGAAGGAGGAGAAAGCGAAGGUGAAGGAGGAGGCGAGGAGGAAGGAGGAGAAAGCGAAGGUGAAGGAGGAGGCGAGGAGGAAGGAGGAGAAAGCGAAGGUGAAGGAGGAGGCGAGGAGGAAGGAGGAGAAAGCGAAGGUGAAGGAGGAGGCGAGGAGGAAGGAGGAGAAAGCGAAGGUGAAGGAGGAGGCGAGGAGGAAGGAGGAGNGUGUCAUUUUUAGUAAUUACAAGAUACUGAAGAACUUAAAAGGCCAUUAA